AUGGCAGAAAUAGACAAGUAUUUAAUUAUAGAAUGUUGGAGAAGAAGAAGUAAAGAUUUACUUAUAUUUUAGCAUCAAUAAAUAGUUUCUAGAGCAAAAGAGUUGUUUAAAAAGAGACAAAUGAGAAGCAAAGGAUAUUACUUUAAUUAAGAGGAGGGACCAUAAAGAGGAGGUAAGUAAGAGAUAAAAAGACCAGAUUAGUUGUUAAAAGUAUUAAUUUGUAAUUUAUAUUUUAGUCUAAAAAAAUAAAGAAGAACUUGAAAUUGAAGAAUAUGGAGAAGGGUAAACGUAGAUAGAUAGUAAGAAACAAAGAAAGAAUAAAUUGUGA